AUGGGUCAGCCAUGUGCACUUCAUUCGAAGAUUGGUGGGAUAGCUGUGGUGACUAAUGAAGCUAAUAAGUUGAUUCCGACUCGCACGAUCAACAUUGUGCUGGAAAAUCAAGAAAAUAACACCUUUACUUACCCAUAUGGCACAUAUGCAUUCAGACGUAUGCCUUUUAGUCUCUGCAAUACACAAGCAACAUUUCAGAAAUGCGUGAAGGCAAUUUUCUAUGACAUAGUUGAAGAACUUUUUGAGGAACAAGGUGGCCACUGUGUGCCAUCCGCAAAAAAGUGGUCAAGUGGAGGUAUCCAACCAGAUAUAAAGCAGAUUUUGCAAAAGAUUGUUAAUGGUCUGCAGAAGGAUUGGGCUAAAAAGUUGGAUGAUGCACUAUGA